AUGAAUUCAGACUCCAGCCAAAGCAGCAGAGCCUCUUCCCCGGACAUGGACGUCAUGUCUCUCCGAGAGCACCACCCACACCACCAUCACCACCUCGUAGGCUCCUCCGUGUCCUCGUCUACGCAGAGCGCAGAGCUGCGCCAGAAGCUGAGCGCCAGUGAUCUCCUGAGGUCUGGAGACCCCAAGUCAGUCGAGAGCAGCAGCAGCAGCAGCAGCAGCGACAGCAGCAACAACUUCAAACUAAAGAAGCCAGUCACCGAGGAGGAAAUGUACCAUCUCCGUCUCAAGAUCAACGGCCGGGAGCGCAAGCGCAUGCACGACCUCAACUUAGCCAUGGACGGUUUGCGCGAGGUGAUGCCCUACGCGCACGGGCCCUCGGUGCGGAAGUUGUCCAAGAUCGCCACGCUGCUGCUCGCCAGGAACUACAUCCUGAUGCUCAACAGCUCCUUGGACGAGAUGAAGCGGCUGGUGGGGGACAUUUACGGAGGGCACAACUCAGCUUUCCACUGCGGCACCGUGGGGCACGCCGCCGGUCCCGGUGGACACCCCGGGGGCCCCGUGGCUGCAGCAGCUGCCGCCGCCGCCGCUGCAGCCGCCGCUCAUCAGGUGCACCAGGUGCACCCUCUCCUCGGGAGCGCGCUGACGACCUCCACGUCCUCCACGCUGUCGAGCUCGCUGCCGGGGCUCACGUCCAUCCGAGCACCGCACGCGCUGAUGAAGAGCUCCGCGGCUGCGCCUCAGCCCCUGCAGCUGGGCCCCGGCUUCCAGCAUUGGGCCGGACUGCCGUGUCCCUGCACCAUCUGCCAGGUGCCCGUUGCGCCACACAUCCCCAUCACCACUGCCGGCCUCACGAGACUCACAAUGGAGGGCAAGGACCUGCUGAAAUGAUGUCUGACAGACACGCGGAGACUGAGAGAUGUUUGUAAAUAGAUAAUUCAGGGCAUGAGGGUGGAUUUGGCAUCACGUGUGCAUGUUGGUAUUUAGUCUGUUUUCUUGUUGGGCGUAUGAGAAAGAAGAAAAAAAACAUUUCCCCUCCUUGCAACAAGGACUUUAUAAAGACUGAUUAAUUUGCCAAUUGAAGGUGAAAAAAAAGGAAAACAAGUUGUGUGUCACGCAACAAGAAGCCACAAUCCUCUCGUAUCUGACGUCACACCCCGGUGUGAGAGGUGAAGGAGGCUGCAUGGACGUGUUUGAUUUUAUUUGACUUUUUUAAAUUUUUAUUUAUCAUGCAGGCAUCAUUUUGUGAAAACGAAGAAUGCGCUCUGUGCCUUGUACCAAGGAUUUAAAACUUGAGUUGUAAAUGAAAAUAAUGGCAUUCAUGUGUUAUUGGCUAAAAUGACUGCGCGGAAAUUUGUUUUAAAAUUCUUUAGAUUUAUUUUCAUUUCGUGACUCACUGUAUGUCCACAUGCUUUUGUUAUUUCUUCUCUCUUAUUUUUUGUUGCAUGAUGUUAUAAUUAUCACAGCAUGAUUGUUUUUGCUGAACUGAAUUUUGUUAUGCCCAGAGACCCCGUGUC